CAUACACACGCGCGCACGCACGCUCUCUCUCUUUCACACACAUACACGCGCGCGCACACACGCACACGCGCACACACACACAACACUCAGGCAGAAUAAAGUUUAUUCCCGGAGCGCGCGCACGGAGACAGAGAGGAUGAGGAUGAGCGCGUGCGACACGCCGCCGCGGGCUGCCAUGAGACUCCGCAUGUUCUUUGUCGUGUCCUUCGCCUGGGCUUACCAUGAAACCCCCAGGUAUCAACACCGUGACCCUGUGACCUCUGAGCUCCUGCUGUGUGAUCAAUGCCCCCCGGGUACAGCCGUGGAACGUCACUGCACGACGGACUUGCCCACCGUGUGCGCCCCGUGCCCCGAGCUGCGAUUUGCCGAGCAGUGGCACUGGGGCGAAAGCUGCCAGCACUGCACCCCUGUCUGCAAGGAGAGACAGUUCAUCAAGCGGGAGUGUAAUGCCACACACAACCGGCUCUGCGAGUGUGUACAGGGAUACCACCUCAGCGUGGAGUUUUGUAUACCACACAGCACCUGCCCUCCGGGGUUUGGGGUCUCCGAACUCGGUUCCCCCGAGAGUGACACGGUGUGUGAGAAGUGUCCACGGGGCUUUUUCUCCAGCGUGGCGUCGGCCACCGAGUCCUGCGUUCCUCACGUAGACUGCUCACGGCUGGGCAUGAAGACACGGAACCCCGGCACUGCCACUCAGGACGCGGUGUGUGACAGAGACCCCGCCAUCGACUGUACUCGCAAACACACCGAUUGCCACGCCGACAUCACCCUGUGUGAAGAGGCCAUGUUCCAGUUCCUGUUAUCGCCUCCUCUCGCCUCGGUGGAUCUCCUGCUGGAGAGCCUUCCUGGCCGUAAAGUGGACAAGAGAAGCAUGGAACCGCUGAAGAAGAAGUGCAGCCCCGAGCAGCAGGCCCUGUAUCUCCUGCGGCUUUGGAGAGAGCAGAACAAGGACCAGGGGAAGCUCCACAGCGUUAUACAAGGUCUGAACCACUGUGAGAGGAAGGUGUCUCGGUGUGCCGGUCUGAAGAACGUGACGCUGGAGGACCUGAUGGUGCUGAUGGACAGUCUGCCCGGCGAGAAGGUGAACGAGGAGGCUGUACGGGCGCUGGCGCUCUCCUGCCCCACGCACCGCCAUGUUGCGCAGUUACUGCACCUCUGGAAGAGCCGGAACGCCGGCUGGGACCUGGCCAAAGCUCUGAGCCACAGCGCACGGCAGCUGCGCUCUCAGAACGCGCCGAAGACCCUGCUGCGCGCAAUCAAGCGCAUCAGUCGUGUCAUUAACACCUCCGCACUGCGACCGUACGAAAAGCUCCUCACCGGCGCACUCCGAGACGCAUCGUGCUUCAAAGCCAAACCGUAUAAUGACUGAAGUGGCACGACGCGAUGCCGGGCCUGAAGGUCACGCGAAGGACAGACAAGGAAAAGACUUAUUUAACUUAGCUGUACAUAGUCUUUGGGCAUAAAAAUGCAACAACGGAUUCGGGUGGGAUCAGAUCUGGAAUUUUUCUCUUUUUGUUGGCUACGCUACAUGAGACGGGAGAAGAAAAUAUUUUUGUGUCCUUUUUGUGCUUUUCUGAUAAUGGACUGUUUUUACUGAAGCUGUAAAAAAAAAAUAAGGAAUGUCGGUUAUGAAUGUACAGUAAAAAUGGAGUGCAAUUUAAAUCUUUUUUUGUAUUUAAUUGUAAUCUUGUGUGUGUUCAGGUUCGAGUGUUAUCCAAAUUUGCUUCAAAUGUUUCUAUUUAUCGAUAUUUGUCAGAAAAACUGGACUACGUUGAUGUAUUUUAGAUGCAAGAUGUUCUUUUUUUUAUAUUUGUAAUUUUUGAUUUUACAUAAAUGGUUUUAACUUUGCAUUAACAGGUUUGAAAAGUGUGUGUCUGUUUGAAUUUAAAGCAUCCUAUACAGUAUGAGUGCCACUAUUCCCGCAGCCUGACUUAAAUACAAUCUUGUGUUUCCAAA